AUGUCCAAUAUCGGGACUUACAGGCUUACAAGUGCGGCUUCCGAUGUCCACUUUGAGGCCACGUCUCCACUAACUCAUAUCACUCGAUCGCGUCGAACCGUUCGCCCUGUUGAAACGAGAUUUCUUCUUCGGCGAUGCCCCACGAACAUUUGGUGGAUUGAGAGGUCUUCGCGGACUACGCGGAAAGCGUUUUUUCAACUAAAGGGAAACUUCACGAUUUUGGGAUUGAAACUGCAACCAAACAAUCAUUUUUUU